AUGGAGAGAUUAUCCGAAACAAAAAUAUCUUCAAACAACAAGACUCAAGUGACCGUCCAAAGUCUUCUUGAUCAUGUAAAUAAAGACAACGUCAACCGAACUCCACCUUCGAUUUACAUAGUACCUAGUACAAUACGAGAUCUGAGACCAAGUUGUUUCUGCCCUCGGGUGGUGUCUAUUGGACCUCUACACAGAGAAGAUAUAAAUUUGAGAGAAUUUGAAGAGCGGAAAGCAAGUUAUCUGACUAGUCUAGUGAGUCGUACCAAUUCUCCACGAGAGGAAACAUUGCAGUCAUGUGUGGAGAAGGCGUACGCUUCGAUGGAUAAAAUCAAGGCAUGUUAUAUAUGGACGAAGAAUUAUGAUGAUGAUGAAAUUGCCAAAAUGAUGGUUAUGGAUGCUUGUUUUAUACUUGGAUUCAUUCUCCAGGUUCAAGAGAAAAAAAACUGGGUAACCCAAGUUGUAAUUUAUGACUUGGUGUUGCUUGAAAAUCAGAUUCCUUUCUUUUUUCUAGAGUUAAUGUUUCGGUGCACCAUAUCGAAAUUUAUACCGCAUGUCUCCCUUGUUGAAUUUCUCCAACCAGUUCUAGAUCACCUCAAUUUCUUUGUAGGAGAUAUAGAUUUCCAAAACAUUUCCACUGAUACCAUUCCACAUAUUCUUAGCCUUCUACACGAAUGUUACAUGCCUCGAGUUGAUAACAUUUCAAGUGGUACUUUAAGCUCAACAAUUCGUUCUGCUGUUGAUUUAGAUAGAGCAGGGGUACAUUUCAGACCUAACGAAAACCCAAAAUGGCUAAUGGAGAUGGAAGUGAAUAUACAUAGGUACCCAUUUUUUUUCUGGUCUUGGAGUAAGACCACUCUUAAAUUGCCAGUAUUGAAGAUGCAUCAUUUCUCCGAGUUGGUUCUAAGGAAUCUCAUUGCAUACGAGCAGUUUCGCCGAACUAGUAAGUAUAUUACAUCAUAUGUUGUUGCCAUGGAUAUGCUAGUGAACACUCAAGAGGAUGUUGCCAUGUUAAUAGACUCAGAAGUCCUUGUCAACUAUAUGAGUUCAAAUGAAGAAGCUGCUAAUAUGAUCAACAACAUAAGCAAAGAAGUUGCAUGCCAAGAUUUCUUUUACGGUGAACAGUGGAAUACAUUGAAUAAGUAUUGCAAUAGUUACUGGCCAAAACAUCUAGCCAGGAUGAGGAGAACUUACUUUAGUAGUCCAUGGAAUAUGAUUGCUUUAGUUGCAGGAAUCAUCCUAUUUGCUCUAACCGUGGUUCAGACCAUCUUUACUAUUAAACCUAUCGGAAGCAACAACUAG